AUGAGCGCCCGCCCGCCCGGUCAGCCCUCGAGCCCAGAAGGCAGCGACAUGGCGGAGCUCAAGUCGCUGUCGGGGGACGCGUACCUGACGUUGGGUCACGGCUACGCGGCGGCCACUGCAGGCCUCGCCUACGGGGUGGCGCGGGGGCCUGAGGCGGCCCGUGGGUACGGUGCUCCGGGCCCGGGCGGCGACAUCUCAGCGGCACCUGCACCCCGCGCCCCAGUCCCGGCCGCCGAGAGCAGCGGCGAGCAGAGCGCCGACGAGGACGACGCCUUCGAGCGGCGGCGGCGGCGCGGGCCCGGGGGCGCGGCGGACGGACGGCGGCGGCCCCGGGAGCAGCGCUCGCUGCGGCUCAGUAUCAACGCACGCGAGCGGCGGCGCAUGCACGAUCUCAACGACGCGCUGGACGGGCUGCGCGCCGUCAUCCCCUACGCGCACAGCCCGUCGGUGCGCAAGCUCUCCAAGAUCGCCACGCUGCUGCUCGCCAAGAACUACAUCCUCAUGCAGGCGCAGGCCCUGGAUGAGAUGCGGCGCCUGGUGGCCUACCUCAACCAAGGCCAGGGCCUGGCCACGCCCGUGGCCGCCGCGCCCUUGACGCCCUUCGGGCAGACCCCCGUGUGCCCCUUCUCGGCGGGCACCGCACUGGGGCCCUGCCCGGACAAGUGCGCCGCCUUCUCCGGAACGCCCUCGUCUCUUUGCAAACACUGUGGCGAGAAGCCGUGA